GGCAGAGGUAGAAGAGGCGGGAGUAGCGGCAGCCAUCGCUCCCGUUCUCUGGGCACGAAAGAGCGCUGGUGGUAGGGGAGCCGCUUCUGGUGGAGGACCGGGGCCGACUUCCGGCUCGGCGGCCGGGAGUGGAGCAGCAGUGUAAUCUGUCAAGUGCCCGUAUUGCGUCCUGAUGCCAUCGUGGAAACCGCGCUGCUUCGAGGGGCGCUGAGCGACAGCUUUCCUGACAGUCAUAAUUUGCUUUAUUCAGAGUGUCAUCCCGGCUCGAGUUUCUGUUGUUGCCCAAAUCUUAGCGUUUUUCCCUGAGACAAGGCUCCUUUAUACUACGGUGUUUGGUAGCCUUCUUUUGGGGUCUGACUACUACGAUACGUGAUGUAAAAAUGCUGCGAUAUUGGGGUGAGAUUCCAGUUUCAUCUAACCAGGCCAACCGCAGCUCUUUUGACCUGCUUCAGCGUGAGUUUCGUACUGUGGAAGUCCAAGAUCCUCCAUUGCAUCAGCCAUCUGCAAAUAAACCCCGGCCAACCACCAUGCUGGACAUCCCCUCGGAGCCCUGCAGCCUCACAAUUCACACCAUUCAGCUCAUCCAGCACAACAGGCGGCUGCGCAGCCUGAUCGCCAUGGCUCAGGCUCAAAACCAGCAGCAAGCAGAGGGCAUAAAAACUGAAGACAACGAACCUCUGCCAUCUUGUCCGGCCUCUCCCCCUCUCCCUGAUGACCUCCUUCCUCUGGAUAGCAAAACCCCAAAAAUGCCAUUUCAGCUGAGGCACAGUGACCCAGAAAGUGAUUUCUACAGAGGAAAAGGGGAGCCAGUGACUGAGCUGAGUUGGUCCUCCUGCCGGCAGCUUCUCUACCAGUCAAUGGCCACCAUUCUGGCUCACACAGGCUUUGAGUGUGCCAAUGAGAGUGUCCUGGAGACCCUGACAGAUAUCGCCCACGAGUACUGCUUGAAGUUCACCAAACUGCUGCGCUUUGCUGUGGAUCGGGAAGCUCGACUUGGGCACACCCCUUUCCCUGAUGUCAUGGAGCAAGUCUUCCAUGAAGUGGGCAUUGGCAGCGUGCUCUCACUGCAGAAGUUCUGGCAGCACCGCAUUAAGGAUUAUCACAGCUACAUGCUUCAGGUUAGCAAGCAGCUCUCUGAAGAAUAUGAGAAGAUUGUGAACCCUGAAAAGGCAGCCGAAGACACAAAGCCUGUGAAGAUUAAGGAGGAACCUGUUAGUGAUAUUACCUUCCCCAUAAGUGAGGAGCUGGAAGGAGAUCUGGCUUCUGGUGACCAGUCUUUGCCUGUUGGAGUCCUUGGAGCUCAAAGCGAGCGCUUCUCUGCCAACUUGGAAGUAGAAGCUUCCCCACAGACUUCAGGGGCUGAGGUGAAUGCUUCCCCACUCUGGAACUUGGCACAGGUGAAAAUGGAGCCACAGGAAAAUGAGGAGGCUAAUGUACAUGGCCAUGGGGUCCUAGGCAGCGAUGUCUUUGAGGAACCGAUGUCAGGCAUGAGCGAAGCUGGGAUGCCACAGAGCCCCAAUGGCUCUGAGAGCAGCUAUGGUUCUCACUCUGCUGAUAGUCUGAUGGGAUCCUCACCUGUCUUCAACCAGCGCUGCAAGAAAAAGAUGAAGAAGAUGUGAAAAGAGAGAGUCUUUUUAUUUAGUCCUUGAUGGUAUGUAAUAGACUGGAAAUUAUCUAAGAUAGUACUGUGAUGGCUAUGAUUCAUAAACAGGGCUGGCCCUGGUGUAUGAGGGAGCUUGCAUAAAAUUAUUAUGAGAGGUUUGAUGUGUAGUGCACUUCAGCUCCCCUCUUUGCUGGCUUCUAUACUCCAUCCUGACUCAUGAGAUUGAAGGUCACCCUGUACAUUUGAUGGUGGCAUGGCUUGCUUUGUCAGGUUAGUGAAGAAGUUACCAGUGGAAAGUAGUUAGGAGGAGAUUUGUUAAGUCAUAGAGUCAUUGAAUAAUUUGGGUUGAAGGGACCCUUGAUGUUUUUAGUCCAGCCCCCUGCUUGAAGCACAGCCAAUUCGAGCAGCUUGCUCAGGGCCUUGUCCAUGUGAGUUUUGAGUAUCUCCAAGGACGGUGUUGCCAAAGCUCUUUGGGCAAUGUUUUCCCAUAUUUGAAUACCCUCAUUGUAAGAAGAAAUAUAUUCUUGUAUCUAGCUGGAAUUUCCCACAUUCCCACUUGUGUUUGUUGCCUCUCAUUCUAUCACUGUUCAUCUCCGAGAAGAGUCUGACUGUCUUCUCUAACCCGCCCAUUAAGUGGCUGUAUACAGUGUGAUCUCUCUUUAGCCUUCCUCUUCCUAAGUGUGAAGAAACCAAGCUCCCCCAGCCUUUCCUUGUAUGUCCUGCGUUCCAGCCCCCUAACCAGCUUUGUGGCCUUCCAUUGAAAUCGCUGCAGUGCCCGUCUUGUAAGGGGGAGUGCAAAAGUGGAUGCAGUCCUCCAGAUAUGGUCUUACAAGCGCUGAAUAGAGAGAAAUAAUAAUUUCCCUUGAUGUGCUGGCUACAUGCUUGAUGACUGUUGCAGGCAACAAGACAGUCUUAAGUCAGGGUCUUUCACUGGUUGGGGAGCCAUCAGUGAUUGUUAUGAUGACCUGGCAAAGAUUCUGUAGAAUGGCCUCACAGUGCCAUCAGCCAGCUCCUUCAGUGCCUUCACAUGCAUCCUCUCUCAUUCCAUGGACUUAAAUGUGUCCAGCUGACCUAAGUUCUUGCUAACUCGAUCUUCCUCUACUGUAGGUAAUGUUUUAUUCCCACACACUCUGCUAGAAGACCCAGGGACCUGGCAGGCCUGAAGGCAGACCUUAUUAGUGAAAACAGGCAAAACAGGUGUUGAGUAUAUCAGCCUCAGAGUACAAAGUGUAUCCUUUGUCACUACAUUGCCUGCAUAGUUGAACAGUAAACCCAUGUUUUCUUUAACCUUUCUUUUGCUUCCAGUGUAAAGAAGCCCUUCUUCACAUUUCUUACCAGUUUCAACUCCAGCUGAGCUUUGGCUUUCCUAACUGUCCCUGAAUGCUUGGGCUGUGUCUCUGUAUCCCUGCUGGCCAGCCCAUGCUCACUUCCACUUCUGUGUACAUUUUCCUUUGUGUUUGAGCUCAGUCAGGAGUUCCUUGAUCAUCUGUGCUGGCCUUCUGUCAUGCCUGCUUUACUUUCUGCUCAUCAGAAAGGACUAUUCUACUAUGAAGAAGCAUUCUUUGAAGAUAAAGCAGCACACUUGGGCCCUUUUGGGAGGCCAGGGCAGUCCCUCUUGAGAUCCUCCCAAGACAUUCCAUGAAUAAACCAAAAUAUGUUGUCCUAAAGCUGCAGGGCUCUGUCUUGUGUACGUUUCUCAGGAUUUUAAAUGCCACAGUUCCAUGUCUGCUGCAGCCAAGACCUUUACAUUCUCCACCAGUUCCUCUGUGUUAGAAACAAGUCCAGCAGAGCUUCUUCCCUAGUUGCUAUCUUGAUCAUCUAGUCAGGGAAGUUGAUAUGGUUUUCUGGAGAGAAUGAAGCAGCUUUUACUAUUAGUAUGAGCCAGUACUGGCAAUGCAAAUUUUUCCUUCACUCUCAUUGGACUGAGUGUGGCAACUUCAGACCGGCUGAGGCUUAGUAUUCAAAAUUGUUAUCUUGACAACUUAGUCUGAAACAGAAUCUAUUUUGCUGCUUGCUUUUAUGGCUCAGCUGACUGAUGGCAUUUUUUUGUUCUGCACAAUCCUCAGCUGAUCAAGUCAGUCUUUAACUUGAUUCAGUGAGUGUCUCUCUCAAAAAAGCUGGAAUGAACAUGAAUCAAGACUGAACAGCCACUUAAACUGGCUUUAUACCUGUAACCCAUUGGGGUGUUUGAGGGAGAUUUACCAAACCUCCCAUUUGUCCUUACAAUUGCAAGUUUAUCUUUUGAAAGAAUGAGCUCCAGGCAUAGUAUUUUUGUUUCUGUAUAACAUGCCUAGCCUUAAUUCUUUUUUCCUGAAUCUAUUUCUCUUCCACUUUAUAGAAGUGGAAGCCAAACAUAAAAUUCCUCAAUGUCUAAUAACAAUGUGUGACCAAAGGCUUUUAUGGACUUUGGAGUUAAAAUUGUCCGUCACCGUUUUAAAGGCUUUUCCUGGGGGGUAAGUUCUGGCUAUUUGGAGCCUAGUCAGUAGUAGAAGAGCAUACCAGUGUAUCAAUAAUUCUUUAUUUUCAUUCCCUCUGAGUCACCAUUAGGCAAGCUGCAAUGUCCAAGUUUUCUCAGCUAUAAAAAAAAAAAGUACUAUUUGCCUCUUAGAAAUGUGUUUGAGAUUUAAUUACUAUUCAAAAAAGGCACUGUGAUCAUUCAGAGAGUUUUAUUUGUGUUGCGAGCUUUUCUUCCAUUUCAGUAGGACUGUUGCUGGCUGGAGAAUGCUUAGAUGGACACUGAAGUGUUACAGACCUGUAUGAUACUGGUUUUAAGCAAAACUGCUUAUCAUGAUGAAGUACAGCACUGCCGUGCUGUUCAACUGCCCAGGUACAAGGAAGGCAUUUGGGGCGGUAUCUUGUCACUGAGCCUUAGGUGUCUGCAUCUAAAUUUGUUUCUCUGGGCCCCAUUUGCAGCUGAAGAGAAAUAGUGAUGCUUAUAUCACUGUUCAUCUGGCCUUGAAGUAGAAGUAUAAAGCAGGUCAGAUGAAUGGCAUUUCUAGAAAUGUCUUUUUCUUCUGUGUGCCCAUAAAGUGAGUUCAACUUGACUACCUCAGCUGAAGACAUCCGCACCAUCAAUAUCUGAGUUAAGGGGCCUGACUUUAGCCCUUCCUGUAUGGGAAUCAGAGGAGGCUUCCUCCUGCAGGCCUGGUGCUUUUUCUUUUCUGCACAUGUAGUAGAGCUUGCUGUUCAAAUGGUAGUAUGGGGCUAAAAGCAGACUGCUCAUCUUACCUCAACCUGCAGAUCCAGUGUUCUCCACAACACACAGAAUGUGCUAGGCUGGGACCUUGAGGCUCAGGCUAGUUUGGCCCUUGUGUCUUUGGUACUGUGUGAGAACACCUGUCAUUAGGCCUUUCUGUGUAGAUGCUUUGCCAAACUGUUUCAGUAGAGUAUUCUUGAGGCUGGGGCACCUAUGGAAAGUCUCUUGCACUAUGUUCAGGGGCUAGAGGACAGAGUGACUGCAGCCACCGUUGCUUGCUCGUUUGCAAGAUUUCAGGCAGACUAAAAAUGAGAACCUGGUGUUCUCCAGGGAUUUGGUUAAACCUCCUAAGCGUCAGUCGUAAGUGCUUUCUUUAUAUUGCUCACAUACAGAUGUUCUGUCUUACUUUAAAUUGUGUUAUUUUAAUUUCACAUGCCAUUUCCAUACCCAUUUCACCCUGUAACACACACUCUGCAACAGGCCAAGCCUGAGUGCUUCAAGUAUAUUUAAAUACAGUGGAAAUUCACCCUCCUUUGAUUCAGCUGUGUCGUUGCAGUGUAAGAGAGAAGUCGUACUGAUUCUCUUUGGGAUGCAUGUUUGUGCAGAGAGAAGAAAUGUAUUGGCAUUGCUUAUACAUUUAAAAAUGAUGGCAGAGUAAAAUCUGUACCUCCUGUUCCCCCAUUAUGCCAAGUGUUGCUUCUGACAUUUGUGUGCUUGACAUUUCCUUUUAUGCACGUGGAAGCUUUACCUUCUGGGUGAACCCUUCCCCUCUGACCAUUUACAGUCCUUAGAUUUACAGUGGUGUUCAUCAUGCAUGAAACAGUGAAAUUUCAAAUGUAGCUCAUGAAGUCAGAUGCAGACAACAUGCUCUUUUGAUGAAUCAAAUAAGAUUUUGCUAGGUGUUAAAUGAAGCCUUGGGCAACUAGUGAGGAGUUUAAUGAUCAUGUAAUCCCCAAAUUUUAAGCCACAGUGAGAUUAUGCAGUGGGUUGGAAUGAAGCUCUGCUCUCACAGUAGUUUUUGCUGGUCGCUGGUAAAGGGUUCUGCUGACCCACUUGCUUCAGUAGUCUGCAGUUUUGUUGGUUCUUUCAUCUUUCUCCCUUCUCUUUCCAAAGGUGGGUGGAUGGCAAAUUGGAAUAUUGAGUACUGACCACGUCCAUAUCCACUAGCACUGAUGUCUUUAGUGAUUUAUUUUGCUGUGAUUGAAAUUGGUGGGAACUUUGAUAUCAAUUUGGAGAGCAAGAUCUGUGAAUUACUUGGCUUUUGAAGUGUUUUGCAUGGGAAUCAUACAGGAUUGUAGUUGAGAGAGCGCUGUGUAUCAUAUUCCUUUUUCCCUCUAGCAAUACCUUUUUAUUCCUUUUGAAGAGUUUUGCCUGGUAUCCAACAAAGUUCACUGUAUAAACAGCAGUGUAACAACUUUGUCAUACAGCUGUAUGUCAGACUGUGCUACCUAGUGAUUUAAUUCCAAGACCAUACAUGCUAAUUUGGGUAUGCAUAAUGCUGUGCAGAAAAAGAGAUGUUUCCCGCAUAGAAAUUUACAAUUUAAAAAGAAAACAGGAAAAUAAGAUUAGGUAGGGUAGGUGAGGCUAAUCUGAUUACGUGCUCAAUUCUGAGACUAAUGCACAUGUUAUGUGUGAAGGAUGUUUUACUUAAAAUGGUUUUGUACAUGCAUGUGAACGAAAUAUGUAACUUUGCUUGUGUUUGUAAGGAACAAAAUUGCUUGUAAAUAUUUCAGGGUUGUUUUUUUCCCUUGCUCUCCUGGGGAGAGUUUCUUUGUAAUUUCUAAGAAAAUAAAGUAAAAUAUACAGAGGUAAAAAUCCUAA